GAUGGGUCAUGUAACUUGUGAACGAAUUUCAAAAGCAGACAGUGGUUUCUAUCUUCAAGGCUUUUAAACACGCUUCCAUCGACGAGGACUCGUUUCUCGGCCGCGUGGUACAGGCAGAGCUGCCCCGCUUUCACUCCUUGAUGCCGUUCAGUUCCGAGACGGCAAGCACACCUCCUUCUGGCAUGACUGGUAGCUCCUGAGCACUCUUGCAGACACUUUCCCUGCCCUGUACUCCCACUUCACCCAGCCAGCUCUCUCGGUCGCUGCGGUGAUAAACAGCAACUUCUCCGGCAAUCUCAGACCACGUUUGACCCGACUUGUAGCUGAAGAGAAGAAUAUACUACAGGAUUGCUUACAACUCAUCACCCUCUGUCAACGACAGGAUUGACGCUACCUGGAUGGCACUCCCAAUGUCGAAUUCUCCACCAAAGGUGCUUAUCUGAGGAUGCAUGCUAAUGACACAUUGGACCGGACGCCGCUCGCCUCUGGAGCACCAGACUUCCUGGGAAGGUCAAAUUCUUCGGAUGAUUACUCUACCAUGGAAGUCGCAACACCAGGGCCAAUUUACAUAAUAAGCAAAUCCGAUCGCUUCAAGAGUCAUAUUGUGAGCUCUGCACAGGAACCCAGGAGACCGACGAGCACAUCUACCCCCGUGCAACUGCCAUCUGGUUCCGACUAGGAAUUGCAGUCACUGCAGGGAAUCACAAAAUGCCCUGGCUCCUCGGUUGUACGCUUCAGCUGCCCGACCAAGUUCGCACUGACAUUUUCCUCACUCUUCUCUGGCACAUUUGGUAGGCAAGGAAUGCCAAGAUAUUUGAGCAGCAAGAUCUCCCUCCUCAGGAAGUGCUUCGUUGAGCGGCACGGGAUCUAGACGACUGGAGCUGCCGCUACCCAAGAACAGCUCCGCAUGUACAAGUCUGGCAGGAUUUCCUUUCCUCAAGUUGUUAGUUUUCUUGAGGCCACUUCUCUCUUCUGGCUCUUGUAAUCUCAUCCUCAUGUCCACCCCAACUAAAGUUUAUAGUCACUUAGAGAUUGGAGGUUUUUCUAGGCACUGUUUGGUUACUAUGGACUAUCUGUUUUGGUGCACUUUUAGUUCCUAAACACUCAAACAGGUGGACUAAAGCUAGGAAUAAAGACUUUAGUCCUCUAGUCCACAAAAUUAGACUAAAGUGGACUAAAGGGUGUCCAGGACACCUGCCCCUCCCAUUUACUGCCGUCCCCCCCUCGCCCUCCCAAUCCCGCAACCAGCUUCUUCCAGAUGGUUCCCUGCGUUCUCCACUCCCCACUCCCGCCGCUUGCUCCCCUCCACACCGCCAGCCGCUCCCGCCGCUCGAUCCCCUCUCAUCUCCGGCCGCUCCUGCCGCUACCUCCCCUCCCCACUCUCACCGCCGCCACCACCCCGCUCUGUCCGUCCCCGCCGGUUCCUCCCCUCCCCGCUCCAGCCGCUGCCACCACCCCUACUCUUCCUCACGUUGGAUCCACCACCCCCGCUCCUCCCCACGCCGGAUCCACCGCCUCCGCUCCUCCUCAUGCCGCCGCACCCAGUCCUCCACACCACUGCACCCACCAUGGACCACUACAGGGAUUUCUUCUCUCAGGCUUCUUCAUCCGCAGCUACCCGAAGCUUCCGCUCUUCCCAGGAUGCCGGCGACGAAGACGACUUCGGCCCCUUCACGUCGCCGCCGGCCCCCUGCCUUUCCGCUCCCUGCCACUACAUGGAGCACCUCGACCUCAACUCCCAGGCCAACGGCUUCCCCAACCUCGGCUCCUACAGGAGUACCUCCAGGCGGACGAUGUUGGAGGCGACCAUGGGCUACCUCCUCAUGCCCCUAGAGGGAGAGUGGUUGGUCGUGGAGGAGGCCGUGGAGGUCGCCGGUUGAGAUCCAGUGGAUCCGGCGGUGGCAGAGUGGGAGGACAUGGGGGAGCCAUGGCUACUAGCGGAGGUAGAGGGGGGAGCCGUGGGGGAUCGAUGGUACACCAUGGUGGAUCCUCUGUUGGCGGCCACACCUUCGAGUCUCCACAGGAACUUGGUGCCUUCGAGGAGGAAGAUGAAGAUGGCUCUGAAGCCCGAUCCCAGACGGAAGAAGAUGAUGGGUCUGAUGAUGAUCAAAGGGAAGAAGAUGAUGGAGAUGAUGAUGAUCAAAGAGUACAAGAGUAUAUAUUGGAGUGUCAGAAGAAGAGGAGAAAAAUCAUGACUAUGGCUGCUGCAAUGAUUGUUCAUGAUAUGAGGAUGUUCAAAGAUGCAAUUGACAAGUAUGGAGACAAGAUUCCACAUCCACCUGAAGGCAAGUUCUACUUUGUUGACUUGGGUUACCCAAACCGACAGGGUUAUCUUGCAGCAUACAAAGGUACAAAGUAUCAUCUCCCGGAGUAUCAACAAGGCCCAAUGCCAAGAGGUAAAAAAGAGCAAUUUAAUUAUGCACAUUCUUCACUUUGUAAUGUCAUUGAGCGGUAUUUUGGAGUUUUGAAGAUGAAGUGGAGGACAUUGCUAGAUCUACCUAGUUAUCCUAUGCCAAAACAGAGUCAAAAUAAUUAUUGCGUGCAUGGCAGUACACAAUUUCAUUCGAGAGAGUUUUUUAGGGAUGCGGAUUUUGAUUUGGUUGAUCAUGAUGAGAACUAUGUUCCAUUUUGCGAAGGGUCGUCUUCUCAAGGAAAUGUAUCAAAUAUACAUCAUGGAGACGAAGAUCAAACCAUGAAUCAAUUCCGUGAUUGGAUAGCAGAUGGUUUGUUUAGUAGGUCAUAGAUGUGUAUGAACUAUGAUAUAUGGAUGAUUUUUUUUGAGUGUAUGAACAUUUCUAUGAAUGUAUCACAGUUUUUAUUA